UGAAUACUAUCAUGCCGAUGACCUCCCUAACAAACCUCCUACUCUUCUGCUCACGACACAACAUAAAAAUCCAUCCAAGUCUUCAGCUUGCACAUCACGAAGAGGAAGAUAGAGUAGAUUCAAUUGGAGUGUUCUUGAGAGACGAUGUUGAGGGUAUCCCAGAGGGCACGCCAGGACAGUGGUAUCAAUACCUAAAAGUGCCGUUUUAUCUGUGAAGUCAACCGAACUCUUCAAGCAUCUCAAACUUCUAGAUGAUGGAUAUUUGCUAGCGCCUUGCGGGAUUGGAACUCAGGCUCAACUAGAGCUGGUGUUGGCGAUGUUGAUAGAAGAGAGGAACGGCCCUACCUCGCCUUGGUACCACUACCUACGGUCGUUGCCUAGGAAGAGGGUGGAUCUGCCUAUAUUAUGGUCUCUAGCGCUGCAUAACGAGGACAGAGAAGAGGUAGAAGACAAGAAAACGGCACUUGCAUGGCUAAGAGGAACAGAGGUCGAAAGGCAGCUUCAUUCUGGUAUGGGUUCGGGUUCGAGCAUGUCUUUAGACGACCUCAACGGCUUCUUCAACGGCUUCGUACUACCCAUUACGAAAAACACAAAUAUUGAAGAGUUUUAUCGAGCUUACUCAUUCGUAUCCUCCCGUGCAUUUGUGGUAGAUGCCUACCACGGACUGGCAAUGGUUCCUGUUGCGGAUGCGUUUAAUCAUGCGACAUACAAUCAUGUUCAGCUUGAAAGCGAAUUCGACGUAUGUCCUGAGUGUGGGUCAGUACAGGAGUGCGUACACGAUAAGGAUCAAGGUGAAAACACACACGAUCCCGGUGUUGCGCCUGUUUUCGAAGAAGACUCGAAUGAAGAUGAAAAGUACUACCUGAUGACAACCACUACGCACAUACCUGUUGGGACAAAAGAGAUAUUCAAUACGUACGGCUCUCGCCUCACGAAUGCGGCGCUUAUGGUGCAGUAUGGGUUCAUCCUGGAUGAGAAUGAGAAGGAUUACAUCGAGUUUGACCUACGAGAUGUGGUGGAAGAGGAGGGUAUGGAUAAGCCAGUUGGGAUAGGACGAGGUUCAGGCGGAAUAGGUGAACCAUUAGAGGGGCUUGAAGAGGUGACAUAUCACUCAGAGGAUUUCCAAAUCAACUCGGAUGGCCGGAUGUCCACCGCUUUGUUCGCCUUGCUAGGAGGAGACCCAGGGAAAGCCAUUCAACUGUGUCAGACACGUCUGGCGCGGUUUACGCAGGACGAUGUGGGUACCGUGUUGGAUGAGCUGCCCAGCUCGAGGUGGCGCACUCGGAUGGUUGGGAUGGAAGUGUUGGCAGAACAGGGGAUCUUGAGGAGCUGUAUGACGGGAUGGCAGGAUUAUCUCGGUCUGUAGGGUUGCGCAAACACGAAUAUCACAAUCGCAAUGAACUCCUGCAUUCUCUUCUGACCGAUGAAAUCCUUCAAUCUACUGUCCAUUCAUCUCUAUCUAUUCCGACGAGCAGGAUGUCAAUUCUUCAAUUUCCCUUUCGAAUCACGAUCUUCAACUCAGUGGAAUGAAUUCGGACUCUUCUGGAAGUAGUAGGCCACAGUACUUGCCAUAGUGCUCGUAGGAAGGCUUUUGAGAGGCGAAAUCGAUGUGAAUUCAACCCAGUGUGGUCACAUUCUUGUCCAUGUACUCUUAUCGCUUCUUUCACGUCGAGGUACAUAAGCUUGUCAACGUUACUGGCUAAUCCCUCCUACGACACAUAUGUUAUAUGUUGUAAAACGUGUUCAUCGUUCUGUUCUGCGUCGGGUCGGUGCCCCAGGAAGCUUUACACCUGCAAGGUCAUAAAACCAGUCUACCAUUGGCCCAUGUCCGAGGAAACCCGGCCCAGAAGGUCAAAUCCGAGUUCUCUGCAAAAG